CUCGAUACACAAACAUUACGCGACGACGACGCGCUGGUCGUCGCUCAGGCUCUCGUAGAGCUCAACCAUCUUCCGCAGCUUUGUCGAGGUAAACUGCUGCGGGUUCCGCUUCCGGUCCCGCGCCAUCUUCGCGAAGUCCCGGCCGUGCUUCUUCAUCAACGUAGAGAUAUAUUUCUGCUUCUCCUCGCUCAUCGGGUUCCUCCUCUUAUUCGUGUUCUUGUCGACGUCCAUGAGCCGCGCCGGCUGCGGCGCGUCCACGAGCCGCAGCUUCACCUCCUGCGCGACCUCGACGCGAGAAGGCGCCGCGCCCGGCACGCCCACCGCUCUAUUGGCAUCGUCGCUCAGGCCCAUGCGCGCGAGGUUCGCGCCCCGGCUCCGGCGCGGGUCCCAGUGCUUGGCGAUCUCCGGCUCGUUGACCUGCACCUUCUUGAACAGGCGCUUCUGCUGCUUUUGCUUCGGGCCGCCGGCCGCGCGGGCGCCGCGCUUCUUGAUGCGGACCAUUUUUUCUUUACUGUUGUUUUUGUGCUACUGCUGUUAUCUCUGGCAGCUGUGCUGCUCGUCGGCUGGUGCUGUAUUGCUGCAGCUCCUGUGCAGCUCCUGUGCAGCACUGCAGGUUCGGUCGACUGGCGUCCGGCGAGCGGGUAGCGUUGAUGCGGUGCAGUGCGACUGCCGAUGCGCGUCGAUGCAGAGGUGUGAGAGCACCGCUGCGGCAGCGUCGCCCGUCCUCAGCUACAUGCAAG